AUGUUCACCCGUUUUGCGUUUACUCCUGUGGUGGAAGGGCAAAGUUCCUCACUGCCUUGUGAACCAUUGACUGGUCAACAAGUCAGCUUUCUUUGGUGUGCGAGCGUGCCACUGCUAGCAAUGAAGAUUCUAGCAGACUUAUCUACAAGGGCAGAAGUGGCUGUUCUCGAGGACUUCAGUGGGCUAGAGACUGCACUGUGA